AUGCUGACGACCGGUGUCUCGCUUCAGGCCCUCCUCACGGCCAUGCAGUACGUGCCUAGCCUCAUCAACCACCUCUACACGCUGCCCCCAAGUCUGACGUCGGGCUUGUCCGAGCUCUUGCACCGUGCUUGCAAGGACACCUUUGUCAAAGCCUUUUUUGCCAAGGUAAACCUGUCUGCACCAGCCGGAGCUGAAGGUCAUGACGUUACGCUGGAACAGCUCCUGGAGGCUCGCAUCUUCACGCGGGCCAACACCGGGGGCUUUGGCCUGCACGACUUGGUUGAGCGCGGACCGGUGGCUUAUGUCUGCAACAUGGCCAAGCUGGCCACUCGCUACCCUCGAGUUUACGAUCGACUUUUGGAGGAUGCAUCGAGGGCUGCCGACUUUGAGGACCACGUGCAGCGAGCUGGCUUCCAGAUGGCCACGGUCAAGGACGCGGCGACUCAGCGACCAGCUGAGAUCAUUGCCCUCCGCUCCAAGGCCGCACUGGACGACCUGAUGGCCAAGUGCGCGCUGGACCUGCAGCAGGCAUAUCUGGCCUCACGCGAGUGGGGCGUCAGCACUGUCUUGACCAUGCGGGGUCGAGACAAGUUGCGUCGCUUGAGCGACACGACCUUUGCCAUUGCGGUCGUGUCCAUGAUGGGUUUUGGCCUCCAUGAACUCAUCAACGUCAAGCCGACGGACAAGUGCCUGCUCUGCAGCAGCAAGACACCCCAGCCGCGACUGACCCGCGAGCACCUGCUGACCUGCCGUCCCAUCAAGCGACACAACGCCCUUCGCGACGAGAUGGGCCGCCUGCUCAGGUACGCCACCCUCUCCCAUGUCUGGGUGGAAAAGUCUGGCUACAACGCCAACGGUCAGAGCUGCCGCAUCGACCUGCACUGCCGCAACCCCUUUCCCGGCGGUGCUCUGGGCCCAGCUCUGCCCGACCUGGGCAUUGAUGUGACUGUGCGCACAGCCCAACCCCCGACCACCUCGCAAGCCUGCAUCAAGGUGGGCGCUGCCCUUCGCCGAGCCGAAAAGGAGAAGCGCGACUACUACACCGGUUUCAACCAUGGAAAAACUCUGAUCGUCCCUGCGGCGAUGACGAGAACCGGUGGGUUCGCCUCCUCCUUUGUGGAUCUGCUUGGUCAGCUCGCCCGCUGCGCCGAGGCCCGUGGUGUGUACCAGCCGGGGCUGGACGAGGCCUUUGUUCCUCGGUGGAAGGGUCGCUUCGCGGCGCUGGUCCAUCAGAUGAACGCUGGUCCAUCAGAUGAACGCUGA